UUCAAAAAUGUGAGCUGCAACGGACUUGCUAGUACAACCGUGUUACAGCCAAGUAAUGAAGUAAGCCUCCCAGUUAAUGAGAACCCAUCAAACUGUUGUCUUUACCAACCAUGAGGUAAGAUCCCACUUGUGAAAAAUCUCUUAAUAUAGCUUUCUGAUAAAAGAUGGGGGUGGCGGUCAGGAUUAAUGGUAAAUGUAAAGCACUUUGUAGCUCCUCCUCAGAGCUGUGCUUGGCGUUCCCUGGCCCGGUGCUCGCCUGACUGCUGCAGGCACUGGUCGGUCCCUGUGUCCUGCUGGUGUGUGGAAUGGGGGUGUGAAGGCAGGGGGGUGUUCUGCACAAAGGCUUACAGCUGCUCCUCUGCACAGGGAGCUCCCUGUUAGCACUCAGGGGCGGCAAAGGACAAUCACAGCGUGUCCAGAGCUCGUGUUCUGCUGCGCAGGGCAAGGAGGACGAAGGCAGAAUUGUCAGUUCCAUUAGUCACAGCAGGAGCAGCCAAUGCUGUGUGUAUUCCUGUGACUUUGUAAAGCUGAAAUCUGGAGUCACUCACUAGGCUGGCAUGUUUAAGCAGAUGUUUACUUUUCUCAAACAGCUCUGUUUCUUGGUGAACGUUUGAGGGGAAAAUAGCAUAUUUUAUUUUGCUGUCUGAUGUUGCUUUUAAUAGACAUGUUUUCAUACACAGUGAGAGGUUUAACGUUUAUAUUCCCAAAGUCAGAGGCAUCUUUUUGACUGCGUGGUGAUUAUUAUAUUCCUUUUAUACCCUUCUGUUUGUGGCUGCACUAGUAUGUGAAAUGGCAACAGUCCAUUUACUCAUUGCUGCCUCUACUCUUUGCGUUGUUUCCUCUGCCUCCAUCUCCGCUCAGUGGUAGAUGAGGUUAUCUAACACAUCAGCUUUGUUGACAGGCCAGAUGUCAUCAUGGACCGCAAUGAAGCAAAACUUCAUGUUGUGAUUACUCUGGGAAGCUCCAGAUUUCAGGGAGCUCAGGCAGUAAGGGGCAGACUCUUUUUCAGCAGGUUCUCCUACAGCAUCCAGUGUUUUUGAACAGAUGUUCUGCAGCUAUAGACUCUUCUGUCCUUGUUGCCAGACCUGUUGCAGUGGUGGGAUGGUGCCCGGUGUCUUGGUCCAGCCCAAGUUUCUUGGCACAUUCCCAGCAGCGAUUUUGCCUGUUGUCAAGGGCCAGCUAACCUGAAGAAGGACUCGAGAGAGGCAGGACCUGUGAGGUGAGUGAGGAACUGGGUGUUAGCAACGCAACUGUGGCAGAGAAAUCAACAGAGGAGCUGCUGAGAUGAGACAGUCUGGGGCGGUGGCACCUGUCCCUGCGUCCAGCCGCCAGCCAGGGCGGCUCUUCAGCCUGCAGGAGACAUGAGUCAAGGGACAACUCAAUGGAGAUCUAUACAAUCCUCAGUGGCCUUGAGACAGUAAAUGAGAAUUGAUUGUUCCAUGUCUCUCCCAAUACAAGAACUAGGGAUUCAAAUUAAAUUAGCUGAUAGUAUGUUCAAAACAACUUUGUACAGUGUGUAGCACAGUGUGCUGCUAUGAGACUCCGGCUGCUGCAAGUUUACAUGGGCUUAAAACGAGAUUGGAGAGAAUCUGUGUAAGACAUGGACGGAUGCAUAGGCACCACUAUUAGGAGAUCCUGGAGGUGAAACUACCGAAGUGUGAGAACAUUCUGGGGAAAUACUAUACAUUCAACCUAUCUUAUAUUCUCUCCUGGGCAUGCUGCUGUUAGCCACUGUUGAAGAUGGAUACUGGGGGACAUAGGUCUUUGUUUUGAUCCAGUGCAGCUUUUCUAGUGGAUGAAUAAGCAUUUAGCUGCUUAGCAGCAGCAGUUUGGGCUCAAAUCCCAGUCCCUGCUCUCUGGUGUGGUCAGGUCAGCUCUGAGAAGGGGUAAGAAAGGAAAGGACGUCUGUGACCUGUCAUAGGAAGGAGCUGUGUGCGCUGAGCUCAUUUGUUGAGAGCCGGGCUGGCAGAACGGGGACAGCAGCAUCCUCGGGGCCUGGGAGGGGACGGAGGGCUGAGACGCUUCAGAUUUCCUGCUGCCAGGGCAUGGGGAAGGGAGUUAAUGAAGUGAAUGAGUGAAACACACUCGAAUGAAACAAACAAUAAAACCUCAGGUGGAUGGCUUCAAUAGAAUAGCCAGGCAGGGUAAAUCCUUAGAGACAGCCAGGUGUUUCUAAGGAUUUGUUCGCUGCUUUUCCUGAGUGGGAGGCUUUUUUCCUAUCUGCCGCACAGCGGGAAGGAUCUGGGACAGGAAAACAAUCAGCAAAUUACAGAGUCAGAGGUGCCGUGAGCAUAAAACCACAGCAGCGGCUUUGGCCUUGCCGUCAGGCCAGCUCGCCCGUUCUGCCUCGUCGCUCAGGCACAAGCACCGUGGGAGGGAGGGUUAGCUGAGAGUGGCGCGGGGCGGUUUGGGUUCACAGCGGUGCUCCUGUCCUCUCCAAUGCGUUGUCUCCGGUUCGGGCAGGCAGGGCCUGAGAGCAAAUGCUGCCAGAGCAGCAGCCCCAGAGGAGCAAGAGGGAAUCUAUGGCCUGUGUCUGACUAUAAACACUGUUAAAAAUGAAACAGCCUGUUUCAGAGCGUGCUGAAGCAUCAUUUAAUGAAGGUGGAUAUCCCCAGACAUACGAUGGGAUAGGAAAAAAAGGGUUGGAAGGUUUUUACAUAAUGGCAAGUGGGAGCUCAACUUCCAAAGGCUGGAGGAGUGAUGAGAGCUGGGAUCCGGUUUUGAUUUGUACAAGUGCUGCCUGUGCUUAGAGCAAAGUCCCUGGUUAUCAGCCGUCCCAAGAAGUCUCUGCCUCUUGCUGGAUGUCCUGGGUCUGGAGUUUUGCUGUUGGAACAGUUCGCUGUAGGAAGCUCGAUCAUUUGUCCCAGCUUUUCUUUGAAGAAAACGUUUCUGAGGGUUUCUCUGCUUCCCUGCUGAUAUUUAAAAGCUGAGAAAGAAGUUGCUGUGUGCAACUGGAACUCCUCCUGGGCUCCUCCGUGCCCAGCGGGACACAGCCUGGGCAGGACCACGUGUGCUAAACUGCUCACCAGCAAAGCCUGGAGGAGUGUGUCCUUGCACGCUCUGGGCACGAGACAGGAAAGGCAGGAGAACACAGGACAGACUGCUGCCGAAAUUCAUUUUCAAGUUGGUACCUGUUCCCAGCAGCAGAAUUGUAAGGGAAAUACUGAUCUUUGCCUUCUCUUGGCCAAGCAUUGUUACCAUUGCUGUUUGUGUCGCGUUCUGGAAAGCUUGUGUGAACUCAUGGUGCUUCUUGCUGAAAUACAAUGAACAAGGCGAGCAUCCUUUGUGACAGCCUCGAAGGGUCUGAAGGAGCUGGCAGCCGGGCUCCUGCGGCCUCUGUGCAUCCCUAGAGAUCAGCUCCAAGAAAUCAGAUCACUUGGUUGGCUGCUUUCCUCCUGUGCUUUUACAGACCUGGUUGUGACCAUGGAAUGUAAAAUCAGACACUCCUGCCAGAAAUGUUCUUUAUUUUUGUCCUGCACACCGAUGGCUCUGUGAGUUUCCUUAUUGCAGAAAGCACAGGAAUCCGGGUCCUGCACAGGGGACACAAAGUGCAAGGGGCUCUAUAAAGUCAGAACAAAGAAAAUUGUGCUGUCCUAACGCAUUUGCAAUGAUAGAUGAAUUAGCAGGUCAUAGAUGGCUAGAGGCAAAGGGCAAACACUUUGGAAUAGGGUAAAUCCUUUUUAAAAGCCCGGUAAAUCCUAUACAGGCUGCUUCUGUGUGUGUGUGAAGUUAUGGCAAAAUAAAAUUCAAGGGGUAGGCUGGUGUUGGACAGCGUUCCCCAUGGCACAGAUGGGUGGAUCAGCCUGUGCUCCGAGCAGGGACACUGAUUAACUAUCCAGAGUGAAAGUGAGAGUAAGCUUCCCUUUGUCCCUUGAAGGGACUUUCCAUCUGUGACAUCCUCCCACCCCUCGAGUUAAUGGAGGGGUCAGGAGGGCCUCUGGGAACUGGGUCAGUGGCAGCUCCAGCACAGUGCUGCUUAAUUAAGCAAAGGAAAAUGAGCGAGGGAGCAAGAACGCAGCGUGGCCAGCCAGGGAAGCGGCUGGGUUUGAACCAGCAGAUAAAGCCGCGUUUCCGCCUGCCCUGGUGAGCCGCCUUUUGGUGUUCCCAUAGGGUGGAAUACACGAUCUCCCCUGCCGAGGACAGCCCUGCAAACUGUUCUGCUGCUCAGCCUCUCCUUGUAAGAUGGACCAGCCACAUUUCCUUUCUGUAAAGCACACCUGCUUGUCUCAAAUAUUCCGUAUAGGGCCAGAAGUCCCACUUCUAGACUUGGCAGUUGUCUUGCAAGAAAUCUGUUUCUGGGCUGAUGUGGUCCAGCAUGGCUUGGUCCAUGUUUUUCUUGGCUGCUUUAACAAUAUCAUCUUUGGAGCCUUUCAGGGGAAAAAAAACCCCACAAGCCCUAAAAAAUCCCUUAGGAUUAUGUCAAACUAGAACAUGGGAGAACAACUGCUUUCAGACUGGCCAUGGGAGAUGAGCAACAGAGUUUGCUCCCAAGAGCUUUAGGUGGGGGUGGCUUGAAUAUAAACCCUACUGAGACGUCUGGACCAAAGUCCAGCUUUCCUAACAGCACAGGGUCGGUCAAAAUUGCAGUCUUUAUGUGGAUGCAUUGCUUUCUAAAACUGACUUUCAGUCAGUUUUCUGUGUCUCGGAAUAAGUCUCAUAAUGAAUGUGUUCCUCCUACCCCAACGAUGGUUGGCAGGAGGACUUGGAGCACGGCAGCAUCUGUGCUGGAAACAAACACCUGGGAAGCGUCCUCCGUUACCGCCCCUCAGUUGCGCAAGAGUCGCACGGGCCUCUGGUUUGCUUGACUAAUGAGCUGAGUAAUGCAAUCGCCUUUGGAAUGUUCUUCCUGUUCUAGAUCAAGAAUGAGACACACAUUGAUUAAGUGACUUUCCCGUGGUGGUGACAGUGAGUGACUCAUUGGCAGAGGCUGGAAUUAACACCUGGUAUCGUUACAUUUCUGCUUCCUAGACCCCAUGGCCUCCCAGUGCUCUUUGCUUUCCUCCCCUGGCCUUUUUGCCUCUUGUCUGCUGCAGGGUUUGUUACUUGUGACAGUAUCUGACCACUGCCAAGAAAACGAGACCUCUGUCUUUUGCUACAGAUAUCUGGGGAUCUACAAAGAAGCUGAAGUUCCUAUUUCUUCUCUUUCUGGAAGGUGUUACCGUGCUGUGCCGGAGCCGGUGCGGUGCCAGCUCUGCUCUGCUCUGCUCCCGCGCCUCCCGCCUCGCACACGAUGGUGUCGGCCUGUCCUCUCACAUCAUCUUCUGGUUUUCUAGAAGCAUCUUUGCUGCAGUCUCCCUGAAGCAGGAAUGCUCUGCCCAUACCCACUGUUAGUACAAUGGCAUAAUCGGUCGCAAAAAAUCGGUGUGUGGGUUUUAUAAAUCCUGAUUUGGUAUUCAGCGAGGUAUAACAUCUGUUGUGAUCAAUAUUUGAGAGUGAGUCUGUUUGAUAAAAAGUUACAGUAAAGCCUUUAGCUUCCUACUGAAUAGCUCAAUAAUUCACAGGAGCAGCUCUAAUCACUUUAAGCAUUUGGAAGUCAGAAAAUUCAGAGUAAUUCUGUCGAGAGGCAGUACAGCCAGCUGGAUCGCGCUCCUCACAAGCUGCUGUAGUGGGAAUGAAGUACUUGUAGGAUUUUAAUGGUUCCUGAGGUAUGCUGGGGUCAAAUCUGGCAAAACCCCGGUCUCUUUUACCACUUGUUUUUGAUGAUAAUCUUUAUGCUAAUUUGGCUGGCAAGUGCUAGCAGUCAGUGCAGUUUAGUUUUAAAAGUCUGCAGAAAUACAGCUAUCGGAUGCACGGGAUUCGUGAGGUGCCGCGAAAGUGAAGGCAAACCCCCCGUUACGAUAGGGUCAGGAGAACAGGGUGUUUGCGUAAAGAACAGCCUGCGGUCAGUGCGCUGUGCGGGGCGGGAGCGGGGUCCCGCCGGCCGCCCCGGGGCUCACCCCGCCGGCUGCGGCUCCGCCCGGCCCUCCCCGUUCAGCGGCGGGGCCCGGGGAGGCGGGCCGGCUCCUUCCCCUUAUCGCCCGCUCCCGGCGCCGUGCAGCCGGGCCGGGCUGCGGGGAGCGCAGCGGGACGGGCGCCAUGGCGGGCUGGGCCGCCGUGCUGGCGCUGCUGGCGCUGCCGGUGCUGCCCGCCGGGCCCCGCCGCGCUGCCGCCGGCUGUGCCGCCCGCGGGCUGUGCUGCCCGGGCCGCGACCCGGCGUGUCUGAGCCACGGCCGGCGGCCCGACGGCUCCCGCGGGCCCUGCUACUGCGACCAGGCGUGUGCCCGCACCCUCGACUGCUGCCACGACUACGCCGAGACCUGCCCAGCUGUGCCCUGCGUGGUGUCGCAGUGGAGCGUCUGGAGCGGCUGCGCGGAGCCUUGCAGGACAGCGUACCGUGUUCGCAGGAGGCGCGUCCUGCGGGAGCCCAGGAACGGCGGGGCGGCCUGUCCGGCGCUGGAGCAGAGGGCCGGCUGCGUGCGGUACCCCAGCGCGCCCGCGGCGGAGUGCGCACCGGCCCUGGUCCCAGCAUUAAUAACGACAGGAGGGUUUGGAAAAGCAAGGAGAAAAAGAGCUGCAGCUGAUGGCGAUGAAAGAACAGGGUACUGUGUGGAGUUCCAGCUCGCGGCCAUCGCGCCGGGCUGCCUGCGCAGCCACCGCUCGCACACCCGCUGGAUGCUGUACCUCCGGGAGGGCCACACCGCCUGCGUGGAGUGCCAGCACCCGGCUUUGGACUCCACGCGUCUGCACUGUCACGGGGACGGCAGUGGAAGCAAAAAGGAUCAGCUGUUGCACUGGCAGGCGGUCGGGAACCCUCAAUGCCAGGGGACCUGGAGGAGAAUCCGCCAGCUGGACACUUGCUCCUGUCCUUCCGUUCACAGCUUCUUGUUCAUCUGACUCCGACAGUCCCAGCCGGCGGGUGCCGCGGUGGCUCGUGUGGCACCGACGUGUGGCAGCGGCAGGAACCACAGCCGGAACAAUGACUGAACAAUGACAAUGCUGUCUGUGCUGGGGCAUCCCGAGCCCUCUCUGUCCCAGUGUAUUCCUUGAUUUCCAAAGAAAUUAGACCGGCUGUGACGUGCCGAUGUCUUUCUGCCCGUCCGUCCCUCAGAAACGCCCUUCUGACCUGGUCACUUCUGCAAAUCCCCCCUUUCUUGAGAGGAAUGAGAAUUCACCAAAUAAGAAAUCGGACAAAAAAGGCCACAUGAACCCAGGUUUAAUUACUAUUUUUUGUAAAGUCUGAAUGAAAAAUCAACAAUGCAAAAUAAACUAAGUGCCUUCUUUCCAUGGCAAUGGCACUUCUUUGUGGAUA